AUGAAUUUCAUGCUUACAAGAUUAAGAGACUAUAGACUAACAGACUUUGUGAAUACUGGAUAUGAGAAAUGUAAACUAAAGCUCAGUGACUCAGAUAUCAAAGAACAUAAGAAGGAGAUUAUAUCCAAAGUAAGGAGACUUUGUGAUAAACUUGGAGAACUUUAUCCUGUGUUUGAAGUUGGUGAUAUACUACCAAAUGGAAGUUAUUUCAAAGGCAGCAAAAUAAUACAUCCUGAUGAAUGUGAUCUGCUGCUUUUAUUUAAACAACUUUCAGUGCCAAAUGUAAGAAUAUCAGAGAAGAGUAUAGUACUUAGUAUAGUAUUUAGGAACAAUAGAGUUCAAGUGAAAAUACGUACUGAAAAUCUGAAAACACAGAUCAAUGACAUAAAACAAGCAUUAGGAGUUCAUAUGGAAGUAAUAGAUGAUGAGGACAAUCUUACGCCUUAUAUAACACAUUUACUCCAUAGUGCAAUUCAUACCUGUCUAUCCGAACUGGAAGGUAUUCACUACAAAGGGAAGAGGAGACUAGGACCAACCAGUAGUGAAUGGGACUGCUUGAACAGACUGAGACAACUUCAUCAGGAGGGGUCUACUUCUUUAUAUGAGUACAUUAUAGAGGAAGGAUACAGAUACAAUGAUGAGUUGAAUGAUAGUUGCAGGAAUGGAACAUAUGACCCCUACUUAUCUCCCAAUACAAUUGAACUAGAUGCAAGGUUACAUGGACCAUGUGUGAGAAUAAGGAUUGGUGGUGGUAAAUAUACAACAGACAUUGAUCUUGGGUUCUGCAUUGAGCAGCAACAGACAGAGGAUGGUAGAUAUAUAGUCCUGCCAUAUAAAAAUGAAGUCUAUGAUAAUGCAUUAUUGACUAAAUCUCUCUAUAACAGUAAACAUAAACUAGACAAACAUCACAAUAAGCUGCUGAUGUUAUUGAAACUCCUCAUUAUGGAAUGUCAUCUAAUCCCUGAUAGCUUCACUUACAACUCUCAUGCCUUGAAGACCCUGGUGCUACAUCACCAGGCAACAUGUAGAUCAAGUGAGAUAUCAUUAGGAGGUUGCCUGUGUGAUGUAGCUCAUCAUGUAUUUGAACUCUAUGAGAUGAAGGAGGAAGAUGGACACGUGUGGAUAUAUGACAGUAGGAAGAAACUUGAGGAUGUUGACUUCCGAGGUGUUGAUGUACAACCAAGAAUAAUACCAAGAGGAUACAGGCAGGAGAAUUAUUGGAUGAUGCCAGUAGUUCUGUACAUCACAAUCCGUGCAUUGAGAUCUGGCUGCUGUACAGGAGAAGAGGCUCUUAAUGUGGACAGAUGGUUGAUCAUAUCUGAACUAUGGAACAACAAGGGAGAAGGUGGUUAUAUACAGAUAAAUGAGUGGCUGCCAGAAGAGUGCAAGAUACCAAUAGGAAAGAUUGAUGAAUUAAUAACCAGAUUGUAUAGCAAAUAA